GGUGAUAUUUAUCAAAAUUUUAAGGCGGUGGUCUCUGCAUCCGCGACAGCGAAGCACAAAUCGGAAAUUCAAUAUCGUAAAUUCGUAAUGCAGGAUUACGCAAUCUAAUAAAAGUUGUCUUCUUCAUUAGAUUAAUUGAUUGUUGAUUCUCUCGAAAUAAUUAAUCUCCAAGUUUCCACGAUUUAUCUGGCGCUUUUGAUUUGAUAAUUUUUUAAAAUCCGAGCGAUCUGAAUAAUCAUGUCCUACGCUUAUCUCUUCAAGUACAUCAUCAUUGGAGAUACAGGAGUGGGGAAAUCAUGCCUUCUUCUGCAGUUCACAGACAAGCGUUUUCAACCAGUCCAUGACUUAACCAUUGGUGUUGAAUUUGGAGCCAGAAUGAUCACAAUCGAUAACAAACCAGUAAAACUGCAAAUCUGGGACACGGCUGGUCAAGAAUCAUUCAGAUCUAUAACAAGGUCUUACUACAGAGGCGCUGCUGGUGCACUUCUGGUUUAUGACAUCACCAGGAGGGAAACAUUUAAUCACCUUGCUAGCUGGUUGGAGGAUGCAAGGCAGCAUGCAAAUGAGAACAUGACUGUGAUGCUUAUUGGAAACAAGUGUGAUCUUGCACACAGAAGAGCUGUCAGCACUGAAGAAGGAGAACAGUUUGCAAAAGAACAUGGUCUCGUGUUCAUGGAAGCGUCUGCAAAAACUGCUCAGAAUGUCGAGGAGGCGUUCAUCAACACUGCUGGAACUAUCUACAAGAAGAUUCAGGAUGGAAUUUUUGAUGUAUCAAAUGAGUCUUUUGGAAUUAAAGUUGGAUGUGGUGGCAAUCCGGGGCCUUCAGGAGGAAGAGAUGGCUCUGCUUCUCAAGUUGGUGGUUGUUGCAGUUAAAAAAUAUCAGUAAAUCAACUAACUCUUCAUUAGAUGCUGUAAUUCUUCCAUCACACACACACACACACACACUGGGCAGGGACUUUUGCAUCCUUUAAAACUUAAACUACUGUGAGAAAAAGAAAGAAAAGUAGGUUGAAAUGUUGCUAUAUUUGUAAGUUGUUUUAGUUUAUAUUUAAAUAAAGAUUUUGUUCUUGGGAUGAUGCAGUAUAAAAAAAAGGUCAAAUGUACGUUUGGUUUUUUAGUUCUAUAUACAUAUAGUAUUCUGCUUAUAUCUAAAAGAACUAAUCUGAUGAGUUGGACAUAAAUUAUAACGUGGAUGCAAAUAGUUGUUUUAACCCGUUCUUAUACAUGUUUUGUUAUCUCUAAUUAAAAGAGCUGAAUUUGUUGUUGAUUAUCAGAUAUUUUUUAUU